AAAAACAAUAGAAAAAAGAACGAAGGAACAUACGAAAAGAAAAAAGAAAGAAAUGAAAGAAAGACCAAGGGGCAGACUCUGGCUUCUUUCUUUCUCUUUCUUCACAGUUCAGCCUCAAGGAUCUGGGAGCUUCUCAAAAGGGACAAGUCACAACUAAACAGGACGGCCAUAUUUUGAACUUUUUGAUGAUUUUGCUAUUUUAAAAGGUUAAAACAACACUUUUUUAUUAAGCCGGUCCAUGCUCUUCUCCUCCCUCCUCCCCUCUCAUCCCCCUCCUUCUGUUCUUCUCACUCGCUUUUCUUUCUUGAAUUAACCUCAUCACGGCUUUCGGCUUCAGAAUUAAUCAUCAGCAAAGAAAUCGAUAUUUUAUUUGCAUUAAUAUAUAACUUCUAGAUAUUAAACACCUUUUUUGGUAAAGAAUCAGAGAGAAUAUUUCAAAUCCGUCCCUGAAAAACAGGCCUUCUACAGAAAAAAAAGGGCAGAGAGUGGCACAGGACUCUCCCGGAGAGGGGGGUACACGAUGGGACACUUUCCAAUCCCAGUCCCGUCUCAGAGAGACGAGUGACAACACACAGAGGCACUUAAAGAGAGAGGUAGCGGGAUUCGCGGAUCGAAGCCCACGUUGUCUGGCUGAAGCAGUGAAGUCAUCACAGUGAUGUCAUCAGGACUGUGUGACUGCUUCCUGUUACGUCGUCAUGGCGCCGCGAGGGCUGGGGGGGCGCCGGGGGGGCAGGAGUCUCAGGUGCUUUCACAAGAAGCGCUGAUGUCACAGGAUCUUGUGUACCAGGAAAUCUCUGUCAGCUCGCUGCCUGAAACCCAGAACCAAGCCCCGCCCAAGCAGGACUCUGCCUUCAACACCUUCCAGACCUCCACACUGCUGAUUGACAGCACUAACUCAUCCAAGAGCACAGUGAAGUCCAAUGAGAAGAAAAGAAACAGCACCAUCACUAAAGAGGUGAAGAAUAGGCUGAGUUUUCUGCUUCAGAAACCUGACCAGUCCUGCAGCGACCAGAACACAUCCAGCGAGGGUAGCUCUGAGAAGCCAGACAAGGAUGACAAGCCGACCUCACUGGAGGCGCUGGAAUGGAGUCGAUCACUCGAGGUGCUCCUGUCCCAUCACUAUGGGGUGGCGGCAUUCCGCUCGUUCUUGCGCUCCGAGUUCAGUGAAGAGAAUAUAGAGUUCUGGCUGGCCUGCCAGGAUUACCGCGGCACCAAGCCAGCCACAAACGUCAUUCCCAAAGCCCGGAAAAUAUUCUCGGACUACAUCGGAAUACAGGCUCCCAAAGAGAUUAACCUGGACUCUGAAACCCGCGAGGCUAUCAUGCACAGCCUGGCUCAGCCCACGAGAAGCUGCUUCGACGCGGCGCAAACGCGGGUCUACAGCCUCAUGGAGAAGGAUUCGUACCCGCGAUUCCUCAAGUCAAAGAUCUACCUGGACCUUGUGAAGCAAGGGGAGAGAUAGAGAGGAGGGAGGGAGUGAGAAAGAAGCAAAACCUCAAAACCCAAAUCCACAAGCCACUCAGCUGCCCCGUGACCCCUCACCUCUAUUGUUUGUUGUUGUGGCAAUAAAUGAAUUCACAAAGACUUGGAACUGCUGAGCUAAAGGAUCUGCACUGCAGUCUCUACGUCAAAGACUUGUAACUUUAAAGCACCUCUGUGGCCUCAAAGCUCUCAGCAUCAUGUUUAACCUGCAAGUACAGCCAGUAUACCAUAGUGUAACCCUCCCCAGUACAGGUGAGAAGUACCAUGUUUGCAGAAAAUACUGCCAGCAGUCUGAAACCAAGCAGUACAUUACAGUACAAAGUCAAGUAACCACACAAUGGGAGUGUGAGCAGUCUUGCUUAUCUUCUGAAAACUACUGAAAGCGCCAAAAGUGUUUAAAAGUGCUUUAAAAGUGCAACGCAGCCAUUUAAGAAACUGUUUUAAACCAAUGAAGAAAUUGGGAAAUCUGGCUGAUGAGACUUCUGGAUAGUCAUCUCUGUACUGUAUUAUUAUAACAUUGCUAGCUGUGGUUAAGUCAAUUGCCAUUGUCAAUGGGUAGAUGCCGUAAUACUGAAGUAGCUACAAGGACAGAGAAUGCUAGUAAUACUGUGAACUACAACACGCAUCAAGAAGAAACACGACAAGGACAUGAGCGCUCUUUCAGCUUCUUUCAAUGAGACUCCGGGCUCUUGAAAAACAAUUUGUGAACCGAAAAUACGUAAAGUUUUAGGAAAGUGGGCCUGUGGCAGAGUGGUUGUUGCAGUGAUGACAUCACGGACCAGAAAGGAGCUACGGCACUCAGCUAUUUUAUUAAAUAAUAAAGCAAAAGAUUUAAACAAACACAAAACACCACAAAACAAAAGGGCACGUUGGCCAAACAAACAAUAACGAAACAAGUAUAUUUAAAUAUAGCAAUUGUUUUUCUCUCCACAAAGCACGUCUCGUCUCUCCCCCCUUGCGCAGACAGCUGCAGGCUUUUAUAUUCUGGCCGAGGGGUUAACUAGCUGUUAAUUAUCUUAUUACCCCUCGGCCACAGUCUGCAUGACUUUAGUAAGGAUGCGUGACUGUCAGCUGGUUAAAUAAUCAGUAGCUGUGGUUCCCGAGUGGCGCAUCCAGUAAACACGCUCCAUGUGGAGUGCAGAAUGCGCUCUAUAGCCUGGACAUCGCGAGUUCAAGUCCAGGCUAUUCCAUAGCCGGGUGCCUGCGGGCUUGCCUGUAAGCUGCCCGAGAGCUGCGUUGUCCUCCGACGCUGUAGCUCUUGGGUGGCUGCAUGGUGAGUCCGCAGUGUGAAAAAAGCGGUCGGCUGACGGCACACGCGUCGGAGGACAGUGUGUGUUCGUCUUCACCCUCCCGAGUCAGCGCAGGGGAGGCAGCGGUGAGCUGAGCUUAAAAAAUAACUGGCCAUUCUAAAUUGGGAGAAAAUAAUAAAAAUAAUUGGCAACGACUAAAUUUAUAGAAAUUUAAAAAAAAAAAAUAAUCAGUAGCUGAU